AUGAUUGAUGAUGAUGAUGAUGAUGAUGAUGAUGAUGAUGAUGAUGAUGAUGAUGAUGAUGAUGAUGAUGAUGAUGAUGAUGAUGAUGAUGAUGAUGAUGAUGAUGAUGAUGAUGAUGAUGAUGAUGAUGAUGAUGAUGAUGAUGAUGAUGAUGAUGGUGAUGAUGAUGAUGAUGAUGAUGAUGAUGAUGAUGAUGAUGAUGAUGAUGAUGAUGAUGAUGAUGAUGAUGAUGAUGAUGAUGAUGAUGAUGAUGAUGAUGAUGAUGAUGAUGAUGAUGAUGAUGAUGAUGAUGAUGAUGAUGAUGAUGAUGAUGAUGAUGAUGAUGAUGAUGAUGAUGAUGAUGAUGAUGAUGAUGAUGAUGAUGAUGAUGAUGAUGAUGAUGAUGAUGAUGAUGAUGAUGAUGAUGAUGAUGAUGAUGAUGAUGAUGAUGAUGAUGAUGAUGAUGAUGAUGAUGAUGAUGAUGAUGAUGAUAGAUGA